AAUCAGGACGCUUCUUGUAUUGGUUCUGUGUUGCAGGAGGUAAGCGGAUAUAGAAUGUUGCUGGAGCCUACAACGUAACUGCAACAUUCUAUCUCCGCCCAUCUCCAGCUUGUGGGACAUGGGGUAGAAGCUGCACAGUAUGAGAUUCACCCGCAAGAGGUUCUGCUCCUUCCUAGGCUUCCUCUACUGUCUCUUCUCGUUCUAUGCGGCUUAUAGUGUGUUCUUUAAACCCUCCCAGCUCUACCGGGUGCACAGGGUGGUCACCAAGAAGGAGGGGGGCAGCAGAGGUAUGUUACCUGUCUAAUAAUUACCUGGGUGCAGUACUGGCACACAACCUGCUGGGCACUCCCAUGACUCUCAGCCAGCCUAGACUUGGAAACUGGAACCUGGUUAAGCAUCAUGGGAAUUGCAGUCCAGUGCUUGCAGUGUGAAUUUUGGAUGAUUGCCUUGCAUUCUGUAGAGUUAAUACUGUAAAUGUUUAUUUUAUUAUAGUGUAGUUAUGCACAGGCAUUGGUGGAUUUUAAAUGUCAGAAUGGAUCUAGGUGGCAAUAUGAAUGUGUACAUAUUUCUUAUUUCUGAGCACUAUCAGGUAUUCUAACAGAGUAUCUGUCAAGUUGCAGGGUUUUUUUUUUUGGUCUUCCUCUUCUUGUGGUGGCUUUUAAUUUUUUUAAAAUAUUUUCAUUCAUUUUAAAUUUCUAGCAUUACGAAAGAUAAAAUAAGGGCUUCUUUUUCUUACGUCAUAUUUGGUUUAAAAAAUUUUGCAUGCAUAAAACCACCACGGACGACUGUUGGCGAGGGUGCGGGAACAAGGAGACCUACCUGCAUAUGUGGUGGGAAUGUCCGAGAAUUAAGGGAUUUUGGGGGGCCAUAAAGGACCUGUUGAUCCAGAUUUAGAUCCCUGUGUAUAUCUCCUCAAUAGGUCGGUAGUUGGAUGGACGAGACGGGAGCAGACACUGCUCCAUAAGCUCACUUUGGCAGCUAGGAGAGCGAUAGCAUAUACCUGGUUACAACCAGAAGCGCCACAAAUGGCAAGUGUAUACUCACAGAUAAAGGAGGUGAGACUGAUGGACGACCUAACGGCUAGACUGCGGGGAUCCUCUGGAACAUUCCGUAAGGUUUGGGAGCACACUGGGGGCUUAGGUGGUGCGGAGGAGCUUUGAGGGGUGGAGUGGGGGGAGGGGUGCGUGUGUUCCACGGCCUGUCCCGGUCCCUGGCUCCCCCUCCCCCGCGGCCUUUCCCUUGGUGCCUCAUUGCCCCGACUUAUUCUUUUCUUUCCUCUACUCUAUUCUUGUUUCUCAAUCUCUUCUGUGGUUCAUCGCCUUGGCCCUUUCUCGCAGGGUAAGGUGCCGAACUUAGUAUGGUACCGCCUAUGGUGCGCCUCAAUCAGGCGAUGGAGCAUCCCACUUAUCUCCUGGGAUGCAAAUUCAAGGAAUAGGGUACCUAGGCUAGGGAUGUUGCGCUAACUUUGGUUUGACACAUAGCUUCAAUGUGCACAUGUAUUAAGCCUAUACAGGGAUGUCCCUGUCCUAUUUUCAAGAAAGGCAACGACUUUGCCUUAUAAAUUUCUGCUUAUGAAGCUGGAAAAGCUAUAAUUUGGUUACUCUCAUGCUAUUAUGUAUUAUGUACACAAAAUGUGCUAUAUUGACUGCCAUACCGGGGUAUGUGAUGAAAAGCCUGUAAUUGCUGUUGUGGCUCUGCAUACUAAUGUGUUCAUGUGCACACAUAUAAAAUAAAGAAUUUAAAAAAAAAAAAUUUGCAAUGGGUGCAGCAUAAGAAAAAGUUCCAUGUAAGUUGCUAAACUAAUUUACACACAAUCCAUCAGUCAAAAUAUUACCACAGAGAGAGGCGUAGCAAAUGGGGGGCAGCUUGAGCUGGGAGUACUGAGGCCUUCGUGCAUAGGAAUAGCAUUGUCAGGGAACGUGGCAGAGUAUUUCUCUUAUAAUGCUCCCUCGCGGUUCUUGGCAAUCCAGGGCCAAAUAUACAUUCAGGGAAAAACUGAGGCCGCAACCUAUUCCUCAUUUACACCCCACCUGUCAACCUUUGCGUCACCUGGCCAUUUGCACUAUGGAGGAGUGAUGAGCAAACCAUCUGUUUCUCCUCCUCCAAGUGACGGUAAGUGAGAGAAAAGCUCUUAUUCGCCUGUACACUCACCAGCAGUACUCUGUUUGCUCUAUUUAUCCAAUAAGAAAAGGCUGCUCUCCGGACUUAAAACAAAAGUUUUAUUGAAAAAAUUUUAAAAUGAUGACCAACGUUUCGGACCCCGAUCGGGACCUUCCUCAGGGUCAGAGACAACAGGACAACAACAAACGGUGUGCAAACUGACAAUAUAUACCAUUAAUUUAAGUGAAAUAACUCACCCAGGUGUUCUAUUCUCAUUUCCCGCCGGCACCAAGUGAAUUUCCGGGUAUGCGCGCGCACGUCAAUACGUGCUCCGCCCCCUCGUCAUAUCGUAAUACGUGCCGACGUACCCCCGGUCAAAUAGACCGGUCUCCUUAGCAACCAUAUAUACAAAGACUCCUCUUAAAACAAGAGGAGCCUAUAUCAAAAUAGAAAAAUAGAUGAUAAGAAGUAUUAGUGCCAUGUACAAGUAAUCUAAGUGCCAAUCUGAAGCAAAUUUUGUGAUAGACUCAUUAUAUAUCAUAUAUUCCCAUCGACAAUAAAACCUAGUGAACCUAGGUAAGUGACACCUCAUCAAGGUGAUAACACCACUUAAUAAGACUUAUCCAGAAAGUGCAUAUACCCAAUAUAAUUGAAUGUCAAAUUAAACUUACUAAUAGUGAAUCAAAAAUUCAUGCAUAUUGAAAUUUAAAGUGAUAACAUGCAAGUAAUAAAGUGCAUAAUAAGUGCUCAUAAACAACAUAUGUGUAAUCAAACAUAUCACAUAUCUAUAUACAAAAAACAGUUUGGCAUAUUUAUAGACACACUUCCACACCCCUGAGAAAUUCAUUAAAAAUAAAAAUAUUUAAAAACAAUAGUGACUAGCUAGUUAAACCUAUAUAAAAGAAUGAUACGUGAUACUCUCAUUAAGACCCAUGGGAGACAUUGUAUUCAGUUGGUGUAUCCAAAAAGCCUCUUUCUGAAGCAACAUUUUCCCCCUAUUACCCCCCCUACGGGGUAGGGGAAUAUGAUCAAUACCCACAAAUUUGAGGGAUGCUAAAGGAUGCUUUUUAUCAAGAAAGUGUCGAGCAACCGGCUUAUCAGACUGGCCAUCCCUGUACGCCAACCUUAUACUCGAGCGGUGGCCCCUAAUCCUCUCACACAAAGGUGUUUGUCUUUCCUACAUAAUAGAGGCCACAAGGUUGGCGUACAGGGAUGGCCAGUCUUAAAUUUUUUCAAUAAAACUUUUGUUUUAAGUCCGGAGAGCAGCCUUUUCUUAUUGGAUAUUGUACCUAUUGGAGCUCUGGUGGUGCGCCCGGCAUUUGGAACUUUCAAGCGUGAGUGCAGGGGAUGUUGAUAUUUUUUAUAUAUAUAGUGUGUGUAUGGGUUAGUGAAUGUGUGCCAAUGAGCGUGUGUGUAUAUGUUAAUGUUUGUGUGUCAGUGUGUCUCUCCCUUCCAGGUCCAGUCUGUCAGUGAGUGUAUGGAUCAAAAACUGGUGGGUGGGCUUUGAAGAGCAUGAAAACCUAAAAUAUUGAUGGAGGGCAUAAAAAAAAAACCUCAUCACAUUGCUACACCCCUUGCCAAAAGAAGGACAAACUGCAGUCAUUAUGAAUGGAGGAGAAUAAAAUAGAGAUGUCCAAGUAUUGAGACUCGAUACAAGGAAGAAUAUAACCUAGCUUUUACCAAAUAAUUGCCAUUGCAAAUUCACCGUGACAAAGUUCUAACUAUCCAUUUGUAAUGCCAAGGCAGCACAUGGUCAUCUAACCCAAAAGGUUGAUACCCAGAUGUUUUGAAACUACAACUUCCAUGAUGCUUUGUCAUUCUAAAGGCAUGCAAAGCAUCAUUGGAGUUGUAGUUCUACAACAUCUGGGGAUCUACCUUUUGGGCACCACUCCUCUAAGACAUUGAAUUAAAUGUUGCUGAAAAUUGAUACAGAUUCAGUGGAAGGAUAUUUAGUGUCUGAGGGAUCCAGAUAAGUGUCAGAUAUUUCAAAAAGGUUUAAUUACUCAUAUUUGGAUGGAGCAAGGGCACCAUAACCACUGAUGCAGGUUUUGAUGCUUAGAGGAUUACUUUAAAUGUUGCUACACAUUGUAUUACGGUAUUGUAAUUAUUUUGGUCCAAGGACCACAUAUGAUUGCUGGAGCAGAAAAUCAGGGGUUUAACCAACUCACAUACUUCUAAUACAUAUUAUGUGUAACAGUAUUAAAAAAAAAUUAAAUUUUAGAAAAACAGAUUUGUGUUGUAAAAGAAUACUGCUCCGAGCCUGGUAAUGACAUUAUUGUUGUUGUUGUUGUUAUUAUUAUUAUUAUUAUUAUUAUUAUUAUUGUUAUUAUUUUUUUUUUUUUUUUCAUUAGGGACACUUUAUCCAGGCAAUGACGAAUGGAAUCCUUGGGAGGAAGAGGGAAAGAGUGAAAAAGACUUGCUGUUGAAGAAACGCAAAAAGAAUCUAAAAAACCUGUUAUUUCAGGAAUCCCAGCGUCAGCCGGCAGAACUAAGUGUGCAAAUAUGGGGCAAGGCUGCUAUUGGUAAGAACUAAUAGACAUUUCACAUCUAUACCACAUGACCACAUAUAUUACAAAAGAUCAGGAACACCUCUUAUAUGAAAGUAAUACUCUGGGCAUUUUUCCCCUGUGUAUGUUUUUAUUAAGGAAAGGUGUAGUGUAAGUGUCUCAGCACUGGAAACAAGGUGAGUAAUAUUUAUUUAUUGAACUUUAAAUUUUAUCAGCAAAGGGGGACACAUAAGUGAUAGAAGGGAACCUAUAGUCCUCAAAUAAAGAUUUUUUGCGACUAUAGGUUCCCUUUAAGGGGCAAACUCUAAAGAAUCGUGUUUUUUUACAUUUGAUAAGGAAGCUUUUCUGGCAUGAGUGGCGAGGCUAAGGGGGCAGGUUUAUGUAUAAUUUAAUUAACUUUCUCCCCUCAAAACAACCUGAUCUCAGUUAAGUUGUUUUGAGGGUGACAGCCUGACAGCACCUGUUGUGCCUCAAACAACUUGCUCAUUAGAUUAAGCACAAUAUUCUAUCUAUACAUAGUGCUGGCAGUUUUGGUAGCAAAUGUAUAGAUUAGGAGAAAAACCCAUUUAAAUAUAGUUUUUUUUUUUUUCUCCCUGAUAUCAGUCAAUGCCUCUGGGUACCAAGGUAUUGACUGACAAGGGAAAGCAGAAAAGACCUCCAACUGCAGGUCCCUCUGCUCUCCAAGCUUCUAGCACUGGCUAGGGAGUAUAGCAAUGGAGUGACGUCACUCCGUUCCGAUGCGGCACGCUGGCAAUGAUCAAUGAUGAGAUUCUCUCUGCUUGGGGAUGCAUCUCAAGAGGGCAAAUCAAAGAAGACUUCGGGAGGAGUGCAGAUGGGAGAGGUGGGUGUUACACAAAAGAGUAACAUCCACAAAGUGGUGCUAGAGCUGAGGAAAGGUGAGUAAAGCUAUAUAUUUUAUUUAGAAUACACUAUGUAUUUUUGUGAUAAAUUAUGGAGUCAUUGUAUAUGGGAGCGAUUUUCAGGUAAGUUCAUUUAAAAAAAUAAAAUAAAAAUUUCAUCAACUUUCCAGACUCACUUUAAGAUGGGCGUUCCUGGGAGCAUCUUCCAUGUGAAACCAUUCUAGAGUGGUUUAAGAUGCUCCCAGGGAUGCCUGUCUGCCUUUUCAGUUCGGACACCAUACUGCGCACAGAAGGUAAAUAUUGAGAUAAGGGAGUCCCUUAAGGAUUGACAACCUAGUUUAUUGCCAUGUACAUAGUUUGGGUCCUGGAAUUUUUUUUCGAAUAGAACGCACACCACUAUGUUCAUACCUGCUGGCCAGAUUAGGAAUUCUUUAGGGUAAUAAACAUUAUAUACUUUUUUUUUUUUUUUUUGUAAGUCAGAUUGGAUGCAGUAAAAUCUCCACAUUGUAGGGACCCCACCACCUCAUCACACUUUACUUUUAUUUAGGCCAUCUGAGACAAAUCUCAGCGCUUUAAGGUAGAUUAUCCAAACAGAGCGCGUAACACACCGUGCCAACAUCAUCACCAGGAUAAGUCAUCAGACGUAUUUUAUACAAAACAAACUCUGCUUUGUCUGCAGUGACUUGUCUUUUAGAGUUGGAUGUCAGUGUUCAUAUUUUUCUUUGGUUUUGGGGGAAAUAAGCAAACAAACACAUAUUUGUUCUUUCCCAGGGCAUUAUCUCUGGGAACAUAUUUUGGGAGGAUCACUUGAACCCAUCGAUGCAAAAGCUCAGUGGAGAGAAGGAAAGCUCAGAACUGGAAAAACUGAUUUGAGGUAGAUAAAGACUUAUUGUUUUAUGUCUGAUAAAAUAUAGACUAGUCUGAAGUGUUUGGUCCCCACCUCCCCCUCCCCUUGCGUAAUGUUUUGAAUAGAUCAUUAUGUUCUCUCUCAUUUUGUGUGGAAAAUAUGUUGCCACAGGCUAAAAACACCCUGUAUAUGAAAUACUGUAACAUUCAAUAAUUCUAGCGGAAUGUAUGACCAAGUUAGAAUGUAUAUACAGACCAUAGAACUAACUCUGUGCUAUUAACUAACCCCCUUGCUUCAUUGAGAAAUGGAUGUUUUACAGCAUACCCCCUUCACCAUCACCCAUUUGUGAUAUUUGUGACACCCCUACUAUGAUGGAAGUGAACAUUACUAUGGGGAUUAGUGCAUUUUUUUUAUUUAUUUACUUCUAUAUUUUUGUAGUAGUUGCAUAUUAUUAAUUGCUCACUCUUCCCCCACUUUCUGCAUUCCCCAAUGGCAGUGAGAAGAGCCAUGAUGGAAACCAGUUAGUCCCCCCCUUUUUUUUUUUUUUUUUUAUUCUUGGAGGGUCAAAGUACAUGUUUCUAAUUUUAAGGGACUCUAAGUACCAAGUCAACUUUAGUUUGAAGGCAUACAAUAGUCACCCAAACAACUUUAAUGUAUAGAUCAUGCCUGCGGGGGACUGUCUGAGCUGUCAGGCAGUCCCCCAGACUCCUACAUUUAAAAAAAAUAUAUACAAAUAAAUAUAUUAUAUUAUAAAAAUAUUAUUAAAAUAUUAUAUUAUAAAAUAAUUAAAGCAUUUUUAUAAUAUAUUAUGCAUAUAUAUUGGCGUUAUAUGUGUAUUUUGAGAUAUAUACAUAUCUCAAAAUACACUUAUAAUGCAAUCAUAGAUGCAUUCUAUAAGUUUAAUAUAUUAUAAAAUGCUUUAAUUAUUUUUUAAUAUAUUAUACAUAUAUAGGAAAUAAAAGUGUGUGUGUAUAAAAUAUAGAUGUAUUAUAGCAAAGAAAACGAUCCUGCACUUCACUGGAUUAAACCUUACCAUUUUUUUAAGUCCUCGAGUGCUGACUUUGCUUUGGAUAUAUAUAUCUCUAUCUCACACACACAUAUUUUGUGUGUGUGUAUGUGUAUAUAUAUGUGUGUGUGUGUGUGUGUAUAUAUAUGUGUGUGUAUAUGUAUGUAUGUGUGUGUGUGUGUGUGUGUAUAUAUAUAUAUAUAUAUAUACACUAUUAUUUUACAUAAUUAUUUGAUUUUAUUUAUUAUAAUUUGAGGGACCGGCCAGACAGUCCAGAGAAUUUAAUUGGCAAGCUCUAUAUUUAACCCGGUAACUUUCCAAAACCCCAUAAAAUCCUUACAUGGGGAAUAUUGUUAUACUCAGGAGACUUCGCUAAAACACAAAUAUGAGUUUUUCAAAACAGUAAAACUUAUCACGAUGAUCAUAUCACCAGUAAAAGUGCAGUUUUUUUUGUUGUUGUUUUUUUUAAAUGCAAUAAACAAAUAUGAACGCUAACUUUGGCAAAUGUUUGUGACUAAGUGGCUACUACAAAAGACUGGACGUACCCCAUUUUGAAUACGCUGGGUUGUCUACUUUUACAAACGGUAUGCCAUGAUGGGGUUAAUUUUCAUUCCUGGGCUGUCAUUCGGUCUUAAAGGCACCACAUUCACAGUUAAAAUACCAUGCAGAACUUAAAAAAAAAUAACAAUUUCUUAAUUUCUCAUACUUGUUUAGAUUUUAUAUCAUAUUAAAUUCUGUCAUAUAUAAACAUUUGAUGUGCAAUGAAAGCCCUGUUUCUUCUGAGCAAAAUGAUUUAUAAUAAGUGUGGGUGCGCUUAAUAUGAAAGAGGUGAAUUAUGGUUGAACAAACAUAUAGAGCAAAUUCCAGGUUGUUUUACGUUUUGAUCACAACUUGUACAAUUGGCUCUGCCCUUAAGGGGUUAAUACAAAAAAUACACUGUUUAGUUGAGUUAUCUGUUUGAUGUUUAUGCUUUCACUGUAACUUUCUGUGUUAUAUUUUGAUUUCUAGUUUUAUAACUGGCCCUGCAGUAGUUCCUGGCUACUUUUCAGUUGAAGCAGAGAACGUGGUGCUAGUUCUUAAUGGACGGGAAGAAGCUAAGAUCACCUUUGCAGCUCAGUGGUUGCAUUACACUCGGACCUUGGUAGAAAACCGUAAACUGCAACAUGUAGCAGCAGUGCUGCUUGGAAAUGAACAGUGCAGUAAUGACUGGAUCCGUCCUUACUUGAAGAAGCACGGGGGCUUUUUAGAUUUGCUCUUUGUGGUCUAUGAUUCCACUUGGAUUAAUGAGGAUGAUGUAUUCCAGUGGCCUCUGGGUGUCGCUACGUAAGUAUCAUAUUAAUGCUGCCUUGACGUGGCGUUAUCAUCAGACUUGCAUCUAACACUUGAAACACUGAUUACUCAUUUUAUUUAUUUUCGAUAGAAUCAGAAUCCAAUGUUUCUAACUUACUUGCAUUAACUUGGUAUUUAGCACCAUUAGGGAGUUAAAUCAACCAAAUCACCUUCCUCAACCAAUAGGACGCUGAAACUAAUUUUAUUUUUUUUAUUUUUUUUUAUUUUUUUAUUGGUCCCCUGCAUUAAUAGUCGCUGCCAGUUUGAAACAUUGUGAUGAAGUUCCAAGAUGUCCAGAUGAACGAUGGAACUCUCAUAUUAAUUUUAAUCUUUCCAGUAAAGUAACUCACGUUUGUAAUGUUUCACAUUUCAUUUUCCAGGUAUAGAAACUUUCCUGUUGUGGAGCCAAGCUGGUCCAUGGUUCGAGAUUCCCGACCGUACUUAUGCAAUUUUUUAGGGACUGUAUAUAGCAAUUCAUCUCGAGAGUCCCUUGUGAAUGUCAUAAGUAAAGCAGGACUAGAUAAGUUUUGCUGGAUUUCGGCCAGAGAACAGUAAGUUUAUUUACAUAUACUACAUUAUUGUGACCGUUGGCAAAGAUACUUUUUAAAACAGUAUGGUCUUUCGUUGUCAUGGCAUUUUUUUUAGAAAGAAUGUACAGGACAGUUGCCUGUAGUGUCCGACAAUGUUUACUUUGUGUUGCCAACCAUGACCGACCCAUAAUGGAUGCCAGUGUGUUAGGAAUUUUGCCACCAAAAGCAGCUGUCAAAGAAAGGGAAAAAAUGACACCACAACGGUCUGUCUCUGUGUCUUCUUUCUUCCCAGCUAUAACCUGUUAAUAUUGCCGUGGGGUAAGAAGCAUCAGCUGGAGGGAGCAUGGACUCCUUCACUCGUAUUGAUCCUUUCGGCAAUAUUAAUAGCAAGUGCCUGGCAACUAACGACUAAUCAAUGGGGGGGAGGGGGGUUUGAUCUCUGCUGUUACGUGCACAGCUCUCUUGCUCACCACCACUAGAACUGUGAUCAGAGAGUGUGGGUCCCCCUCUCCUUCCCUUCUCUGGAGAGGUGAGCAGCAGCAAAACGAUAUGCCUUUAUUUUGUGUUAGAGUGCGUCUUUGCAUAUUUGAGUGUGUGUGUAUGUGUGGUGCUAGUUAUGUGUAUGACUGGUAGGUGUGUGUGUGUGUUUUUAGUGUAUGUUGUCAGAAAGUGUGUGAAUGGAGAUGCUGCCUAGUCUAUGCAAGAUAAAAAAAAACAAAAAAAAAAGUUUCAUGAUUAAGAGGGAAGGAUAGGGGGCAUAAAAACAUUUUACCAAACCCCAAAACCCAAGAACGGCUCACAGAUGUUUAUGUAGAAGGAUAUGAGGAAUUUGUAAAACCAUCUGCUGGGGGGAUAAAACUUACAGGCAUUUUAUUGUCUUACAUUUAUUUCUAUGUGUGUUCUUUCUAAUAGGUGGCAGCCCCAAGAGACCAAUGAAAGUUAUAAAAGCUACCAUGAUGCGCUUCUACAGAGUGACCUCACACUAAGCCCUGUUGGUAUAAACACGGAGUGUUAUCGGAUUUAUGAAGCCUGCUCGUAUGGCUCUGUUCCUGUUGUAGAAGAUGUCAUGACCCCAGGGAAUUGCGGGAACUGUACUUUGUACAGCAAUGCUCCAUUGCAAUUACUCAAAUCCACGGGAGCUCCAUUUAUCUUCAUUAAGUCCUGGAAAGAACUUCCCGAUAUAUUACAAAAAGAAAAAAACCUGAGUUUACAAGAGAAGGUUCAGCGGAGAAAAAGGCUCCUGGAAUGGUACCGGCAAUUUAAAAUCCGAAUGAAGCAAACUUUCAUACAGGCUCUUGAAAAAGCUUUUCAACCAAAUGAUUAGUAUUGCUGCUGGUGUUUGUGUGUAGUAGAUGAUCGCAUGUCUGUAAAAUUAACGUGGGUUCAAAGAACUUGAUCUGUGUAUACUUGUGUCUGCAGUCCCGAACCCUGCAGUAGAAUCCUUUGUGUAACCAGUAGAGCGGACAAUCGCAUCAAAACUUUUUUCAAGAUGUCGGACAGGAUUUUCCAUGAAAACCAUUCGUUUGGCAACCCAUUCUACGUAAACGAGUUCAGUGACCCAUUCUUCAACUGUCAUGUAAUGUUCUGAAAGUAAUUCUGCAAAAUGCCUUUGUUAAAUUCAUGUUCUGAAUUGUUAAGAACCACUGAACUAGGAGUUUACUAACGUCAUGGUUACUUGCACUCCGUGAUCACUGAUAUCAGAGUAUAUUGGGUGACAGAAUGACCCUCUACCUGAAUUGAUUCUAUUUACCUUUAACCCCUUAAGGACCAAACUUCUGGAAUAAAAGGGAAUCCUGACAUGUCACACAUGUCAUGUGUCCUUAAGGGGUUAAAUAGUAAGACACAAGCUAUAAUUUAUUUUCGGUGCUAUAGCAGAGGCAUUAUCCUGAUUUAUCAGUAAGCGUUAUAAUUAUGUGACAAAUAUUUUCUCCAAUAUUGAUACUCCAUUGUACCUUUAUGUGUCUGUAUGUCCUUCCAGUGUCUUUAAUUGCUCCCGGUAGCUGGUUUGUAUGUUUGUGCUCUGUGUUAUGUUUGUAUUUGAGCAGUAUUUUAGAUAGUAUUCAUUUUUUUUUAAUGAAAGCGGUUUACGUUCUGUAUCUAACCUGGAUUCAGUCUGGCUUUAUCCUCCCAUCAGACACUGGAAAGUAGACUUGGGUCCCAAAAGCUAUGUGGAGCCAUAGACCGCUUGGUCUGUUCCUGGAUCCUCACUGCUUACUUUAUAUUUAUUUAAAAAUAAAAAAAUAAAAGCUUGCAUCUUAGGCAGUGAUUAUCAUGAGGCUGGUGUUGCAUUUCCACUGCUUUUCACUGGGAGUUGGGAAUAAAUCACGUCAGGGAUGUGGAAUUCGUAUCACCCAACCCCCGGGACAUGCAGGUCCGGACGCCAGGCAAGAAGUUUGCUUUGGCUGCUUGAUAGAGGACAGUAUUAGAGGCAGGGAGUGUGAACGCUAUACCCUUAGAGCUUUCAGACCUCAGUAAACGCUCCAAUGCACUCUAGUGAGUGAGAGCGCAGCCGCCAGGACUCCCAUCAUACACUGAGUGCCGGAAAUGCAAGAAGCCAAAUGACUGAGGUUGUGUAAAGAGGCAUGUGCUCUGUGUGUUGGAAUCCUAUAAAGAUCAGGAAAGAUUUGGCUUAAGGGUUGGCGAGUAGGAGAUCUGACACACUCAACAUAGAGCCAGCACACACAUUACACCCAGCCAAAACACACCACACACUAUGGAGGAGAACAGAGGGUAAGACACUAAAAUCUAAAUGUGUGCAAAAUAAAUUCAAAUUGGGGGGUUAAUAGCCCUUUGUCACUUUAAGUUGAAGUAUUUUUUUCAGAUCAACUAUUUUGGCCUGAUUUAUUUAUUUAUUUCAUUUUUUAUUUUUAUUUUUUGUCAGAUCAAGUAUAUUGUGUUACCACUUUAGUUCCUUUGGGCAAGAAUAUAUAUUUAAAUGAUUAAGGGGAUCCUAUAGUGCAAUGAAAACAAAGCCGUUUUCCUGACACUAUAGGGUUAAUAGGUCCCUCGCACCCUCCCUCUUGCGGGGUUGAAGAUGGUUAAAAAUCAGCCAGUUACCUGAAUCCAGCACUGAUAUCCCUCAGUGCUGUGUCAGGCUCCGCCCAUGCUCCUCCCCCGCCGAUGUCAGCUGGGGGGGAGACCUAAUGCCCAUGCGUGACAAUGUCCGCUCGCGCAUUAGACCUCCCUAUAGGAAAACAUUAUUUGGGGCUUUACCAUGGGGAAAAUCUGAUGCUGGAGGUCCAUGAGGACAUCCAGCAUCAGAUAACGGACCAAAAGUCUGUUUAGAUUCCGGAAGCCCUCUAGUAAACAUUGCAGCACUAAGUGCAAAAGGGUCACAGCUAAUUGAAGUAGUCUGGGUGCCUACAGUGUUCCUUUAAUAAUGGUUAGCCAGUUUAAAUUGUGUCUGUAAAUUCCGGUUACAAUGUUUCUCAAUGUGUGAUGUCUAAUAAAUCACUUGUUCCUGAUAA